ACAAGGUGGACUUAAGUUAAGAGGGGUGGGAGGGAUCUAAACUCUUCAGACUCUUGGCAGGAAGCAGUGCAGCUCUGUGCUGCAUAUGCAAAAAUGAAAGAAAAACUAGGACUAAUGAACAUUACUCUGGUUGAACAUUUAUUCCUGAACUUUCUCCACCCAUUGUAGUGUCUGUUCUCCACCAGUGGAGCAGGACCAGUAGAGGAGUACAACUGCUGCUAUGCAUAAGUCUUGUCAGGACGUGUAUUGCAAAAGAGAGGGGAAAGCAAGGUGUUGUGAGUGUAACUCUGUUGUUUCACAAUGGUACUAUGAAAGAGAUGGAAAGUUCUUCUGUAAGAAACAUUACUGUUUACGAUUUGGAGAACAGUGUCAUGGCUGCUCAGAGUUAAUCACUAAUGGUCUUAUUAUGGUGGCCGGGAAGCAGAUAUACCAUCCUGAGUGUUUCCGCUGUGAAAUCUGCAAAACGUUUAUUGGAGAUGGCGAUUCUUUCACUUUAGUGGAUUCCAACACUUUGUACUGUGGAAAAUGUUAUUACCAAAAGGCAACAACGCAGGAUUCAGGAUCAAAAGGUUCAUGCCUUCCUCAUACCGUGUCGUCUAUGUCCUUUCCUCCCUCUGCUGAAACCAGACGAGGUUUCAUUUUCACAGUGGAACAGAAUCCUGUCAAUGCCACAGGCCCUGUGAUCCGUGUUUCUCAGUUGGACGUGCACAGCACGACCCCUGAGGUGAAGCCUUUGAUCCAUGCAGGAGACAGGAUUCUUGAAAUCAAUGGAAUCUCUGUUCAAAACAUUCCACCAGAUGAGUUAGAUCUGGUGAUUCAUGACACAGAGCACUGGCUGCAAAUCACGACUGAACAUGACCCUAAAGACCUCACGAAACACCAGAACUUAUCAGGCCUGCUGGGGGAAGACCUGGACCAGCCAGGAACAUUAGGAGUCUUUGCUCUUCCCAGCAGUAGACUAGCAGGCAUUCGAUCCAGACAUAUUCUGCGCAGCUGCAGUAUUGACAAAGCUCCAUGCUCACAACGACACACCACACUUCUGUCCCAUAGAAGAGACAUUAAUCGAUCCGAGUCUCUGCGUUUUGACGGUAGUGAUAAAACACAGCGCAUUUUCCGGCCUUCUGACCUUGUAUACGGUGAAGUCCUGGGGAAAGGCAGUUUUGGACAAGCCAUCAAGGUGACACAUGUGGUAACAGGUGAGGUGAUGGUGAUAAAGGAACUUCUUCAGUUUGAUGAAGAGACUCAGAAGACAUUUUUAAAAGAGGUCAAAGUGAUGAGAUGCCUCGAACAUCCAAACGUCUUGAAGUUUAUCGGCAUUCUUUACAAAGACAAGCGGCUCAACCUGAUCUCUGAGUAUGUGCAAGGAGGAACUUUGAGAGACACCAUCCAGAAAAUGGACAAGGAUCAUCCCUGGAAACUGAGAGUGAGCUAUGCCAAAGACAUUUCUACUGGAAUGGCCUACCUGCAUUCAAUGAAUGUCAUACACCGGGAUCUAAACUCACACAACUGCUUUGUCAGAGAGAACCAGUCAGUAGUAGUUGCAGACUUCGGUUUGGCUCAGCUUGUGAAGGAGGAAAAGAACGCUUCGCCCGGACAAGUGUCCAAAAUGAACAAGCUUGGACGUAAAAAGCGGUAUACUGUAGUGGGGAACCCGUACUGGAUGGCACCAGAAAUGAUCAACGGAAAAGACUAUGAUGAACAUGUUGAUAUUUUCUCAUUUGGGAUUCUGCUUUGUGAGAUUAUCGGCAGGGUUUAUGCCGAUCCAGAUUACCUUCCGCGCACGCAGGAUUUUGGAUUAAAUGUAAAGGAAUUUCUGGAGCGCUACGUGUCUAAAGAUUGCCCACCGGCGUUCUUUCCCAUUGCAGUUCUGUGUUGUGCCUUGGAAGCGGAAAAAAGGCCUACGUUUGAUAAAUUGGAGAAGUGGUUGGACAACAUGUUCAUGCACUUGGAGAUGAGAUUCCCUCUUGUGUCAGAACUGGAAGAGAUUUGUCAGUCAUUUUGGGAAGAGCACAGCCAGUCAAAACAAACGUAUGGGACUCCAUCCAAACAACUGGUGAACUCUGUGUUUGGCAGGAGCUGAAGUCCGGCGUGCUGACUAUAAAGCAAACAAAAGAACACGGGAAUCAUGAUGUUAUGAUGUGAUGAAGUUAGAAAUCUCAGAAUCUUCCUGAUAAUGAGCCCCAGAAGGAUUCUUACAGUAGUCCACACCUUAAAUUCAUUCAAUUGUAUUAAAUCAGCUACUUUUUAAUUUUAUACAGUAUAGUAUUUUGAACAGUAUUUGAGUCAACAUAUUUUAUUUAUUCUGAAAGUUAGCCAGUGCUAUCUUUUAUUAAAACAAGUUUAUAUUUAUGGUUUUACAUACAACAUUUGAUGUAUUGCUUAUUAUUUUAAGACCACUGUAUAUUGUUCAAGUUGUUACGAAUCUGCUGCAGUAAUGUUGCGCUGUUUGGAUACAGAGGUGCUAUUAUUGUUCAAUGUUAUAUUGUAUUAACAGCAGUGUUGGGUAAGUUACUGUGAAAAAGUAAUUAAUUACUAGUUACUCAUUACAUAUUCAAUGUGUAUAUGUGUAUAUGUGUAUACACAGUGUAAUUAGAUUAAUGUCCAAAUCACUCUGUCCAAAAAGUAUUUAGUUACUCAUUACUAAUUACUUUCUAUAUCAUACAUCAACCUUAGUUAAGUGAUUCAAGGAUUGACAUGAAACGGCUUAUUUAAUUCAUUCAAAUAAAUAAUAUUAUUAACUGACCAAAGUAUUACAAAUGUGAGCACAGAUUUUAAAGUAAGACUUUGAAUUUUAGUUUAAGUACAUCAAAAGUUACUGUAAUUAAAUUACAGAAAACAUAUGAGUAAUCCCUUACUUUACUUUUUCAAGGGAAAAGUAAUUAAAUUACAGUAACUAAUUACUUAGUAACUAGUUACACCCAACACUGAUUAACAGAACCCUAGUUUUAAUAUAAACAUGCAUUAAAUUUCAUAUAGGAUAUCUUAAUACAUUUCUCGGUGAUCUAUUACAUCUAGUUGUUUCAUUUGUAAAAUGUAGUUUUAAUAUACUGUGAAUUGUGCUCAAAGCAAUUAAUCUGAAGGAAUAAAUGCAUUGAUGCUGCA